UGUCUGAAAUAUGUAUAAAUACGUGUUGAUUUUCAUAAUAAAACGAUCUGUUGCCUGGCCCUUGUCUUCUGUUGUUACAUUUGGUGUCGCUGCCUACCGACAAAUGAAAAGCCUAUACCCUGCAGUUUUUGAUGGAGACAUAUGGAUCUUCGGGCAGGACUUCAAGGCUUCUGCGCAGUUGAGUGGCGUUCAAGAUCUGUCAGCGAUGGAGCUGCUACUUGAGACGCUGCUGGGAGGUCGGGCGAAAGCAGCAUAUGAAGGUGUGGGCCGAAGUAUGGACGAAUGUUCGACAGGGUCAGGCAAACAGUUUCCAAAGUGGGAAGGACCAUAUAUGGUCACUUCGAGAUGGGGUUACGCAGACACAGUCGCAAUGGCGAACAAUGAGAGGCGCGUGAACGUCAGCGAGCUCCAGAAAUGGAUACAGCGAGACAAGCCAACGAUGACGCCUGCACCAAGUAGAUCAAGCCGACUUCAGUCGCACGUAUUUGACGGGGGGACGAGUGUGGUGAGAGCAGGCUGCUAGCCGAUUGGUUGGCACUAAUCUACGUUAAGGUCUAGGUCACUAAUAUGGGCCGUGAACAAGGCUGAGUCAACAACCAAUCACAGCGAAGUUAACGUGGCAAAAUAUGAUUCGCAGAUAGAGAACUCUGUUUGUCAAGGAAUCCCGAAACAACCAAUCAGAAGCCUGCGUUUGUCU